UGUUUAGUUUGGAUGCGGAGGGCGGCCGGGAGCAGCAAGGGUACACUGUGAAUCAGUUUGCUUUUUCUUUCAAUUAUUUUUUCAUUUGUUGACUCAGUUACACAAAAAGAUAAAGAGAAAAAAUGUCCCCCGGGUAGAGCUGUCUGUAGGUUCGCAUAAGUGGACGUCGUCUCAGCAGCCGCAGUGAGUGCGAGGAAGUCAACACGAGGAAGUCGACGAAGCGUUCCCGGAGGUGGUUUCCGAGAUUUUUUCGCGACCAAAAGUGCAUCGUCGACGACCGCGCGCGACAGUGGAACCGAAUCGUGGACGUCGUUUUCCUUCGAUCGCAUCUGGAUCGGAAGUGUCGAGCUCCGAUCGAGCGUGAUUCGGGUUUGGGACGUAGAAUGAGGAUAUUCGUCAUAGCUGCGUGUGAACUGGCCAUAAUUCUGACGUGCUGUGCUCAAACGACCGUCAUCAGUGAAAGUGAUACUGUGCUGGGUAGGGAAGUGCCAAGCAGAUGGGAUAGCCUGAACCGACUCUUCGGCGGUGCGAAGCAGAAUGCGGCAGAAGAGGAACGAAACAAGGUCAACUACGAUAUUUACGUAACACCGGCUAUGUUCCGAAAUGUGGAGGUGCGCUCGAAAAAUCCAUUGCUAUCCUGGUUGGCAAAUGUGCUGAACUUCGGCGGAGGCCAAUCAGAAGGGGACCAGACCGUCGCAACCAAACCAACGGAUUGUCCAAAGUGCACAUGUGGCGUCUCAUUGGUAACAUCUCGAAUCGUGGGCGGCAUCAUAGCGGACAUAAACGAGUUUCCCUGGAUGGCUAUGCUGCACUACCGGGGGACAUUUUACUGCGGUGGUACCUUGAUAGGCGAUCGCUAUGUGCUAACGGCAGCGCACUGUGUACUCAACUUUAAACCCAGUCAGAUUACUGUGAAGCUGUACGACACACGAGAAGCACGGAUGGUUACGAAAUCGGUCGAAAAGCUGCAAGGGAACGACCGAUUUAAUCUGGACACCUUCAACAACGACAUUGCACUGAUAAAGCUGCAAAAGACAUUGAAUGUGAAGGAUCACUUCGUGUCUAUGUGCUUGCCAAUCCCGGGAAAAACGUUCGCAGGAUUAAAUGGGACUGUUACCGGAUGGGGGAAACUUUCGAACGGAUCACUGUCGCAUACACUGCAGCAGGUUAAGGUGCCGAUCAUGACCAACCAGCAGUGCAAAAAGAGUGCUUACCGGGCGUCACGGAUCAGCGAUAAUAUGCUGUGCGCCGGUUUUCCGGAAGGAGGCCAUGAUGCUUGUCAGGGUGACAGCGGAGGACCGCUCCAGGUGGGUAACUCCAAAUUCCGAGAAAUCGUCGGCAUCGUAUCGUGGGGCGAAGGGUGCGCUAAGCCGAACUAUCCCGGUGUGUACACCCGUGUCAACCGAUAUUUGCAGUGGAUCAAGAGCAACGCGAAGGACGGCUGCCUGUGUGAACCCCCGGAAAAGUAAUUACCCACCUGUGUCGUCCAGUCAGUAGCUUGCCAACCAACGACGAGAUGAUGCAUAGUCUAAUUGUGUUAUUGUUAUUUUAGUUCUAUUGUUAGAA